GCGCCUUGCCAUGCACAGUCACCUCGUAAGCAAGCAGCUGCUACAGCCUCAACAAUCAAACCUUGAUUCGACAUGGCGAAGUCGCCCAUGGCGAUCUUGGCUCUCGGGCUAGCAGCACUAGUCCUAUCCGGCGCCGGGCUGGUGGCCGCGCAGAACUGCGGCUGCCAGCCGAACGAGUGCUGCAGCAAGUACGGUUAUUGCGGGACCGAUGCCAGCUACUGCGGACAAGAUUGUCGGUCAGGCCCGUGCACGGCGAGCGGCGGCGGGAGCGGCGAUCCCGUGGAGAGCGUCGUCACCGACGCGUUCUUCGACGGGAUCAAGUCCCAGGCCGCCGACGGGUGCCCCGGCAAGAGCUUCUACAAGCGCCAGUUUUUCCUGGACGGCGCCCAGGCGAACCCCGACUUCGGGAAAGGCAGCACCAGCGACGACGGCAAGAGGGAGAUAGCCGCCUUCUUCGCCCACUUCACCCACGAGACUGGGCACAUGUGCUCCAUCGAGGAGAACGAAGGGGCGAGCAAGGAUUACUGCGACGAGACGAACACGCAGUGGCCGUGUACCCCGGGGAAGGCCUACUACGGGCGCGGGCCGCUGCAGCUGUCGUGGAACUACAACUACGGGGCGGCCGGGGAGAGCACCGGGUUCGACGGGCUCAACAGCCCGGAGACGGUGGCGCAGGACCAGGCGCUAACGUUCAAGGCGGCCUUCUGGUUCUGGAUGACCAACGUGCACCAGGCCGUGCCGCAGGGGUUCGGCGAGACCACCAGGAAAAUCAACGGCGACGUGGAGUGCGACGGCAAGAGGCCAGACUUGGUGAGCGCGCGGGCGGGCUACUACACGGACUACUGCCAGCAGUUCGGCGUCGACCCGGGGAACAACCUCACUUGCUAGGUGCUUGGGUCUGAAUUGAUCCACGCGCAGCGAUGCUCCUACUGCUCUACCUCCCUGUGUAUUCUGGGAUAUCUAUAUAUUCUGUAUAUGUAAUAAAUUUGGAUUUCUGUAUUCAUAUGUCGGUAAUGUAAACAUACUAAAUAAACAUUUCUUGACAAAAUAUGCAAAUGAUGCAAAUAUAUUUCAUUAUUCCAGAAAAUUUGAUUA